AUGCCUUUGCAAAAGCCGCCUCCAAAGUCUCGACGCGUUGCUGACCAGAAGGUUCGAGCAGACAAGCAGAUCAAAAACCAACGACGGAAAACGCUUCAGACUAUCAGCGAGUUGGCCCCUCACCACGCGACUACGCAAGGUUCCACAGGCUCCUCAUCAUGGUCGAGAAAUGACGUUAUCACCCAUGACAGUCCAGGAAACUUGGGAUUAAAGCAUUCCAGGAACAGUCGUCGGCGUAGCCUGCCAGUCCAGGGAUUGGCGAGCCAACGUGACUGCACCGGAUUUUCUGAGCGAUCGAUAAGUUCAUCCGGUGUUUCUACACUGCAACGCUCAGGCACAGCCCUCAACAACCAACAAGGCAGCUCAAGGAAUAAUCCCAGGCGCCGUUCUAUGCCUACCUCGUUCGAAACGCGAGGUCGUUCCUUAUCUCCGGUCGCUGAAGGAGAAUUGUCGAGACAGCCGAUACCAGAUGACUUGCUUGGAUCAGCUCCGAGCCGCAGUCGGUCAGGCAGACAGCAGUCCGAUGGCCCAUCUCGUGGAACAGAUCAACAAGGAGGGGGAUGGAAUGCACGCCGGAAAAGAGACCUCAUUAGACGUGAGCAAGCACUCAUGGAGGCAAAUGCUCGACGUACGAAAGAGCAUCUUAGCCUUGCCAUAGGAAGUUCCGCGGCUUUACCGACCGUCUCACCUCUGCCAGCCAGCCGCGAUGAUCUCAUCGCCCAACAAUCCCGCUACUACUCGCAACUGCCAUCGCUCAGUCAACCUGCAGGUGCCAAUAGUGUUCGCCGGAACAGCCGCGGGAGAAAUGGGAGACAGGUCAACGGCACUAUCAUCGAUGGACGGUUAUUCCUGGACAUGGACCCGGGAAAUGCUGGCAGCAGUCCCCAAACGUCUGGAUUGCGAAGGAGUGUUUCCGCGACGUCUGACCGACAUUGGACCUCUCACAGAGAACCAGCAAACAGAACAGCGGUCACAGCCAUACGUUCAGUGUCAUCGACUUCUCUUCUGGGUUCUGCUCUGGCCGAACGGCAACUGGUAGAGCCCCGUUCAUCCAGUUCCUUGCAGACUUCGUCCAACUCGACACGCUCGUCAUCGACCAAGUCCAGUGUCUCUUCAAGCACGACCAAGCCGACCCAGCGAUCGUCAUCAUUCACGUACACUAGGCUUGUGGAUCAUCCCCUGCGGCAAAACCCUGUCACGCGUACCAUGGGCAGUAACGACUGCGGCCCUGCGCUUACGCAGGCAAAUCUCGAGACCAGCCUGCCUCCACCACUGUCCCACGCUUUCCUUGGGUCGCAGCUGGUGACUCAAACGACGUACGCGCAUUCAGUUCCAGCAUCGCCCAAGUCCGUCGCUUCACGCCAGCGUCCUCGCUCCGGCAGCGCGUCACAAUCACGAGCAUCUUCUGUGCACGUACAAAAGGUCACGGAUUCGAACGACAUCAUCUAUCGCGAGAACCCCGACAAGAGAGGGCCAGCUACACCAGACAGCCGUAACGGGUCCAGGAGAUAUUCCAGGGAAGAAACAGAGAGGCAAGUCGCACGGGAAAAGAUCAAGGAGAGAGUGCGGCGGGCGAAUGAGCUCGAAGAGAAGAAGGAACGGGAGUUGGUCGAGGAGGAGCAGAAAAGAAAGAAGGCGAAGUCGAGGGGAUUCAUUUGCGGGUUGUUUGGGAAGGCUUAA